CAGGUCAGAUUUGUUCUCACAAAUCCAUUGUCAGCUCAAGUUCUAAGCUUUCUCUGCUUGAUUUUCCUUGAAAAGAAGCUGUGUCGCAUUCUACAAGUGAUUUCCAAAUCUCAAGAUGUUACCAACCGAGUCAAAGAAAGCCGUGUCUUUCAAAAGAUAUAUUGAAGAUGGCGACUUAGUUAUCGUUUACGAAAGACACGAUGUUAUGAAACCAGUUGUAGUAAGCGAAGGCGAUGUGCUUCAGAACCGUUUUGGAGUGUAUAAACACUCGGAUUGGAUCGGGAAGCCGUUAGGGACGAAAGUUUUCAGCAACAAGGGUAAAUUUGUAUACCUGUUGGCUCCCACUCCCGAGCUAUGGACACUGGUUUUAAGCCACAGGACUCAGAUUCUUUACAUUGCGGAUAUCAGCUUUGUGGUAAUGUAUCUUGAAGUUGUGCCUGGCUGUAUAGUUCUUGAGUCAGGCACGGGAAGUGGUUCGCUUUCGACUUCAUUUGCUCGAGCUGUGGCUCCAACUGGACAUGUGUAUUCAUUUGAUUUUCACGAGCAACGUGCUGCCUCUGCAAGGGAAGAUUUUGAGAAGACGGGUAUCAGCAAUUUAGUGACCGUCGAGGUUAGGGACAUUCAAGGACAAGGGUUCCCUGAGAAGCUAUCAGGCUUGGCUGAUUCAGUGUUUCUAGACCUUCCACAGCCUUGGCUCGCGGUUCCUUCUGCAGCAAAGAUGUUAAAGGAGGAUGGAGUCCUCUGCUCUUUCUCACCUUGCAUCGAGCAAGUACAACGGACUUGUGAAGUCCUCAGAUCAGAUUUCAUAGAAAUAAGGACGUUCGAGGUGCUUCUCAGAACAUACGAAGUGAAGGAAGUGAAAGUGGAUACUGGGAAUAUGAUUGGUGAGAGUCACGACGAUUACAAUGGAGGAUUGAGACCUUGCAAAAGAAAACACCGUUCAAAAGAAGACGGCGCCGUUUCACUUGACAGCUCUUCAAAUGCUACUUCAGUCGUUAUGGCUAGGCCCUGUAGCGAGGCGAGAGGUCACACCGGCUACUUAACGUUCGCGAGACUCCAAUGUCUGUCUUAGUUUAAUUUGUCCAACUAAACACCAGCUUCUUUUUUCCAUAAAAAGUCGGAUAUUUAAUGUCAAGUUAUCAUACGUUAGAUACGUCACAAUUGUUGUGGUUUUUGAUUAUUGUAAUACAAAUAUUGAAAUUUCAAUUUGUUACUGAU